AUGUCUAGUCAUCUGUACGAUUUCAACGACAGUUACUACUAUUAUCCAGAUUUCAAUUUGAUCGAGAAGAAAGACAUAAAUACUUCCUCAUGGCUGAGUCUUGCUCGUAUUGUUCUUGUUAUCUUACUACGUAUUGGCUUCGUCCUCAUACACAUUGGCAGCGUACCAGUCAACAAUGUCAACUUGAUCCUGUUGCAAAAUAUCAUUGACUUUUGCUGGGUAACGAUAGUCUACGCACUUGUUGGAAUUACCAUCGCCUACACAGGCGACAUAGCAGGUCUGUUGGGCGAAGGAUAUUGGAUCGGUGAUGAAACCGUCGAUAAGGAUGAAAUCAUAAUUGGCUGGUCGGCCGUGGUAAUUGCUGCUGCCAUUCUCACUUGUGGAAUCGUGGGCCGGACACACACCGUCGGUUAUCUAGUCGUAGGAUUCUUGUUGGCUGGGCUGGUGCAACCAUUUUUAAUUCACUGGAUUUGGACUCCACAAGGAUGGAUACGAACGAACGCAUUGCAAGAGCGGGAAGUGCAUUUCCACGAUUGCAGCGGUUCCGUAAUUAUUCACCUUGCCGGUGGAUUAUCAGGAUUGAUAGGUUGCGUGACACUUGGACGAAGAAUACUUCGUCUAGACGCUAUAGAUGCCGCGAGCAUCGCUGUUGGCUCCGCGGGAACAGUCUUCGCUGGUCAAUUGUUCGUGUUCAUUGGUCUGCAGGUAACGUUAUCGAGAAGUUAAAAUUUUUGAAAUUUAUUUCCAAACUUAUACUACGAAAACAACGUGUUAUAAAAAAUAUAUAUAUAUAUAUAAUAUAUAUAUAAAUAUAAUAUAUAUAUAUUUAAAUAUAUAUAUAAUAAUAAUUUAAAUAUAUAUAUAAAUAUAUUUAAAGAUAUAUAUAUAA